AACAGUUCGCGCAUGCGCACUGUCAGUAAGAAAAAGGGAGCGAAGCGCGCACAUUUAGCUUAAAAAAGGAGAAAACAAUUGGCGUUUUUGAUUUAAUUGUGUUGCUUUAACGCGAUGUACGGACUAAAAUUAACACCCGGAGGACGGAGAAAACCCGCGGGUGUACCCGAUAAGGUGGACAUGUCACUAGAUGACAUCAUUCGGUUGAAUAAAAAAGAGCAGAAGACAAAGAAGAAAGGAGCUGCCACGUACCGACGACCAGCCUUGAAGAAAGGUCGUCCAACUGAAGGGAAAAGAGUUUGGUCCAGCAGUGGUGGUCCAGUUUUAAAGGGUAACACAAAAGGUGGCGUGUUCAGACGAGGAGCGCCCAAACUCAGGAAUGGUAGACUACAGGUCAUUCAGGGUGUACGGCGCGGUCAAGGGGUCAUCACUGGGCUCGCAGCACGAAAGACGGCAGCCUUCUUCAGACCAACCCGUCAGAAAACAAAGCAGAAACCACCGCCUGUCGUCCAACGCUUACAGCUGCCGUACAGGAAGCAGCUCUACAGGCAGCAGGAACCACAGAGGAUACAAAGUAGGAUAGCAGUCAAAAGGCCAUUUCAACUGCGACGACGUCCUCUCCCUCCUGUGCAUCAGACGCAGAAAGAGGCUCGCCAGACCACAUUUCUUCAUAAUAGAGGACUGAAGGUUCAAGCUGUGGUUCACAAGCCAAAUCCUCACACACUUCCCAUCAGAAGUCGCACAUGGCGCGCAUCAGCAAGCAACAAUGGAAUGCUAACUGUAUCAAUAGACAACCCCACCGCCAUGACUCAGCCCGAGCCCCCUUCCGCUUGGACUCUGCACCCGCCGACCGCCGGGUCGAUUCCCGCCGACCUGAAAACGGACGUAAAGAAGACGCCCAAAGGAAUCCCUCUCCAGUUCGACAUCAACAGCGUCGGCAAACCGCAGACGUCGAUAACGCUGAAUGAGAGAUUCCGCAUCCUAAAAGACCGGCGCACAGUCGCAGCACAAAGGAGUAAAGGCGGCAGAUUUGUUGUGGUCAAUUAGCCACAAAGACCGCCUGUUGACAUGCUGAACUGUUACAACUGACGACAACAUGCUUAGAAAUUCAAUGUUCAAUGUUGUCAUUUAUUUUUUGCUAGCAUUAAAAUCUGUUACCGUUAAUUCCA